GUUUUCUUUCGGGAAUACACUAUGUUGUCCUUGUUAUCAAACUUCCAAGUGUCAUUUUUUGAUCAACCUUCAUAUUUUACCAAUCCUUCUGUUGAGGUAUUCCCUAGUGAUUUUGAUGUAGGUACAUCUAAUGAGCUCUAUAACGUCUCACCACAUGCUUCAACUGGUUCUACUGAAGAUGAUCUGCCUGCUGGUAAUGUAUUAGAUAAUUUUGAGCCUUCCUUUACUUUCUCAUCUAUAUCACCUAUUGAUGUUGCAUAUGAUAUUAUUGAGUCUCCAAAUGAGCUUGUUGUCCCAUCCUCGAGUCGUCUUACUCGGGCACGCUUGGUUGCUAAGGCUUUUAUACAGGAGUAUGGAAUAGACUAUGAGGAAACAUUUGCUCCAGUUGCUCAUCUCCCAUCUGUGUGCAGUUUGCUUGCUAUUGCUGUUAUACAGAGAUCGAAAUUGUUUCAAAUGGAUGUGAAAAAUUCUUUUCUUAAUGGUGACCUAGAAGAAGAAGUUUAUAUGAAAUCACCUCCUGGGCUCAACCAUCCUCCAAACAAGAUCUUAGGGCUUGAAGUCACAUCUUCAGAUGAUGGCUACCUACUUUCUCAAGUAAAGUAUGCCUUUGAUCUUGUUUCUAAAGCUGAACUUAAUGAUAGCAAAAAUGUUUCUACACCUAUUGAGCCUAAUGUCAAGCUUACACCUAUGUAUGGCUUUUCACUUUCUGAUCCUACUCACUAUCUGCAAUUGGUUGGUAGUCUAGUUUAUUUUACCAUGAUACACCUUGACAUAGCAUAUGCAGUUCACAUCGUUAGUGAGUUUAUGGCUUCUCCUCGCUCCACUUAUUAUGUGGCAGUACUUCGCAUUAUUUGCUAUGUUAAGGGAACAUUGUUUCAUGGAUUCACUUUUCUGCUCACUCAUCUCUUGAACUUCGUGCUUACUUAGAUGCUGAUUGGGUUGAAAACUCUAAUGAUAGUAAAUCCACCACUAGAUAUUGUCUUUUUCUUAGUGAUUCCCUUAAUCUCUUAGUGCAGCAAGAAGUAAAUAGUUCCAUCACGU